AUGCCUUCGUCUCCCUUCUACGGUGGCAUCAAGAGCUACGACGUCCACACCUACUGGAACAACAACAGCGAGACCGAACGCAACGCCGCCUUCGAUCUCCGCGAAAAGUUCUUGCGCGAGUUCAAGUCCGAGGUCGACGCUGGCGACAUCAAAGUGUACAAGUUCUGGGACAAGACCAUUGGCCCCCACCCAAUUAACAUGUGGGAGCUUGACUUCCACCUGCCGGAGUCGUUUGUGAAGGUGGUCCCUUGGUUCCAAAUGAACCACGGCAAGUUACUGGUAUUGAUCCACCCUCACCUGGAGCUUGGGGAAUUUAAGGACCACACCGACCACGCGUUGUGGUUGGGCCACAAAGUCAGACUCGACACCGAGGUCCUCUCCAGAGAGUAA